AUGGCUGCCCAGCAGUCACGGAAACCUCCUAAUAAUGUGCUGUUUUGUGAUCCACCCCCUACACUGCCACCUAUAAUUCUUUUGCCAAAUAAUUUGUUAUGUGAUUGUGACCCUCAAAAUUCUACCACCACUGCUGUCGUUGAAUCAACAGAGUAUCCGCAUAGCUUGCACGGUAUAAACAACGUCGGAGUGCCAACUUCGGAUAGUCAAAACAAUGAAAUCUUAAAUUCAAAUAUGACCAGAAGCAAUAGCGUUGACACGGCGUAUACAUUUAUUAAUUAUUUACAAAGAGGUAGGAGUUGCAAUAAUAUAUCUGACUUAUAUGAUUCUUGUAAUGAAAAUGACAGGAAUAUUUUUCGCCCGAGUCAUUCUGAACCAGAUUUGUCAAAGUAUGACCUUUAUCUCGAGGCUGAUGUUAUGAUAGACAAUCUUAACAUACAAGGUGCACCAUCUUUAAUACUUAACAAUCCUUUCUAUGAAAGCUCUAAUACUUUUAAUCCUACUCAGAUAAACCAGAAUGUUGUCGUGCUACCUGAUAAUUAUUUAGCAUUUGAAGACUCGUUUGUGCCAUCAUGGGAUUAUAAACCAGAGUUGCUUGUAGAUAAAGAGAUGAACACUGGUAUUUACUAUGAAGGAUUGCCACUCAUACCCUCAAGCGAUCCUUGGUCACUAUAUGGCAGCAACAGUAAUGCAUUCGAAUAUUAUUCCCCUCAAUUUGACGUACCUGUUGAAGAUUGUAUGCAAUAUAUGAGACUAACUGAUCUGGAUUGUACUGCCCCUCAAUAUUUUAAUCUGCCACUGGAAGAAACUAGUAGAGUUGAAGAAGUAAAUGCCAAUGAAAAUCUUUGUAACACUAUCAAAAGCUCUGAUGCUGCUACAGACAAUUUUCAAGAUGCUCAAACAGUUAAUUUAACAGAAGAAAUCUUGUCUCAGUCGCCCAUAAACUUAUUAGAAAAUAAAGAAAACAACUUGGACACGCUUGCAAAUAGGGAAUCAUCGACAAGAAUAAGCGAUGAAGAAUCACUUAAUGCGGACAUUUCCAUCGACGUUACGUCCAGCUUAGCCUUUCUUCCGAGUAGUAAAAGUUCAGCAAGACCCGCACACUGCUCGGACGAUACGAGUGAAGACACGUCACCGCACGAACAUUCACCUCUGAGCGUAGAAGAUAAUAAAGUAAUUAAAAGUGAAGUUAACGUGGAAUACGAUCACAAUGUGCUAAAUUCUAAUAAACGACCUAUUAAUGUGCCUCUAAGUCAAUUACCUUCCAUUCCGAUUAACAACUCUAUAGUACAGUUACCACAGACUGUUAGCAAAGAUGGGUCGUCAUAUUCGAAAAAUGAAUUGGCUGCUAAAUCAGAUGAAAUCGUUCAAAGUCAAGUAAUACCAAAGGGAUCCAGUCAGGUCAAUAAUCAACAUAGUAAAAGUUUUGGCCAAAAACCAGUCACUCAUGCUGAAAUAACUCAAGCAAAAUCAACAAAUCCUAUACCUCAACGCCCACACCCGCCCGCGGUGCCUCCGGCCUGGUUAACUAAACCAACAGUCAAUGUGGUCAACCAAAAUGUACCGAAAAUUAAUGUCCAAAACUCAGAGGGAGUCACAACCGACCUUCACCAAAAGAAACCGCAACCAGUCAAUCAAUCGAGAAUAGAACCUCAACCGUCUUGCUCGUAUAUACCUCCCCAACCGCAGCGGCCACAAGCGUCUCAAUUGAACCCAGAAAAGCAACAGCAAGAAGUUGAGACAGAAAUAGUAACAGCAGCUGGCACAUCUAUGUUGUCCCAAUGGCGAAUACUAGAUGGCGCCAUCAGUCGGAUGUAUGAACGUUUAACAAAUAACAGCGCGCGCACAGAAAUAGCAGCGAUCACCUUCACCUAG